AUGAUGAGCGGGCAGGGCGACGCCGCCGCCGCCGCCGGCUCCGCGGGCGCAGAGGAGCCACUCCCACCCGGGGCGCCGCCCAACGCUGACGGUGCUUGCCGCGACGGCACGGCGCCCGGCUCCGCAGCCGCCACUGCCGCUUCGAUCAGCGGGUCGGGGGCGAUGGGGACGGAGAUCCUCGUUCGGCGGCUUCGCGGGCACUCAGAGCGCGCGGCGCACACCACGGUACCCCUUCCGAGCGAGGCCUCCCUGGCCGGUGCGAGCGGAGCGGAGUCGGAUAGCGCGCGCGCACAGCGCGAGGAGCGCAUCACCGCGUGGAGAGCGGCGGCGGCGGCGGCAUCCGCUGCGGCGGCGGCAGAGCAGGAGAUAGUACCAGAGCGGGAUCAUCUCGCCGCAGAGGCGGCGGAAGCUGCAAUUGUGGUGGCGGAGGCGGCGGGCUUGCGCUUGCACCUCUCUAGCACGAGCAGCACCGGUUACAAGGGCGUGGUCAAGCACGCCUCUAGCCGCUUCUUCCAGGCGCAGACCAGGGUAGACGGACGAAAGUUCUUCCUCGGCUCCUUUAAGUCGGCGGUGGAGGCGGCGGUGGCGUAUGCGAGGGCUGUCGGUCCCCGCCAGGGCCCCCGCUUUGGCGUCGGAGAUCGCGUGCUGUGCCGCCGGGUGGAGACGCAUCCACCGUCCGACGAGAUCCUCGACGAGGAAGCUGGCGGGGAGUGGGAUGUCGGGCGGGUGACGCAGGUCUGGCCCUCCAACUGGCUCGGCACCCGCGACGGGCGGGCCGCUCCUCCUUACCAGGUGCAGCUCGUCAGCGGCAUGUACGUGUACCCGGAGCACGACAGCGACACGUCCAUCCGCCGCGGCCCGCGAGACGGCAUCCGUGACGUGGCCGGGCCCGGCUCGUGCCCCCCUCAGCUGGCCGUCGAGCCGCCCGCCUCGUGCGACGUCGAGGUGCUCACGGCGGAGGAGACGGCGGCGCUUCUCUCGCCCGACGGGCAGGCGCUCCUGCGCGACGCGGCCGAGGCGUUCGGCGUCCCUCUCGAGGCCGGCGGAGAGCCCUACCGAUGGCUCUCCGGCUGCGUGGUGCGCCGCCGGGCGGAGGAUCCGCCGCCGGGGCAGCCGCUCUACUCGCCCGCCCGCAUCCGAGCGGUCCUCCCGCCGGCCGGCAGCGGCGACCCUGUGGCGCGGCAGUGGCGGCUGGAGCUGACCGCAUUCGUCGACGGCGAGGCGCGCGACGAGCCAGCCGCGCCGCUGCGCCUCCUCUCCAACGCCGUGGGGGAGGAGGAGGAGUGUGUGGGAGAUCUCUCGGCAUGGGGCGCUCGGGGCUGGAGAUGCGAGGCGCUGCCGGUUGUGCGCGCCCUCUCGUGCGGCGAGGGCGCGGUGCGGCUCGACCGCCUCGUCGCGACGGCGCGCUCGGGCAUCGCCGCCAUCGACAAGUGGGCCGAGCUGCUGCACGAGGCGGGCGUGUACGAGGACGAGUCCGCGUCCGGCGAGCACAAGUUUGUGGUGAUUGGCGAGUGGUCGCAGCACCGCAUCCUCUUCUCGCGCCUGCACGGCGCUCGGGCGGCGCUGCGCGACUUUUUUGACGAGAUUACGCACCCGGAGAUGGAGGAGGGGGACGCGGCGGUCUGGCAGAGCUGGCUCGUGCGGCCGUUUGCCGAGUGGCCUUCUGUGCGCCGUGGCAUCGGCACUGCGUGGGUGCGGUGGCUGUUCGGGCCCGAGCAGCGGCGCGCGGGCUUCCGGGCGCUGCUCGACUUUGUCGAUCACGAGCACGGGCUGCCGCGCGAGGAGCACACCGCCCGGGACGACGCCGGGCGCUUCAGCCUCGCGGGCGCCGCGUAUGCGGCGCUGAUUGGCGCCGUGGGCGAGCUCGAGGCGGACGGCUUGAUGGAGAAGCUGGACGACCCGGAUCGCGAGGGUUGCGCCGUCUGCCGCCGCACGGUGCGGAGCUGCGGCGAGUGGACGCAGCUGUUCCCGUGCCGUCACUGGUGCUGCACCGAGUGCGUCUACAAAUGGCGUCGCGCCGCGGAGCAGCGUGGCCAGGAGGAGGACGAGGAGGAAGCUCAGGUAGCUCACCUUGGCGCCUGUGCAGAGGGCAGCAGGGAGAGACAUGGUAGAGUGCGGCUCGAGCCGUGGCUCGAGCGGCUGCGGCGCCGGCUCGAGCGCGGCCAGGCCAACGCUCAGAGCCGCUGCUUGCCGGCGCCGUUCUUGGACUUGCCGCCGCGGCCGGAGCUGGAGGCGGCGGCAGCCGGCUCGGGCUGCCCGCUCGCGAGCUGCACCCAAUCGUCGCCCGGAGAGGGCUCGAGGGACGGGUCGGCGCGGGCAGCACGCCGCGCGUGCAGCUCGCCAGCGGUGCCAGCCGCGCCGACGCUGUGGAACGGCUUGGGCGGCACGAGCGCCGGGCAUUCGAAGAAGCGCUCUGUCUUUGGGAAGAACUUCAUCCACGAGAGCGUGACGGGGUUGAAGCCCUACGAGAUGGUGUCGAGCGAGCCGGCGCUGUGA